CUUUUCUUUCCUUUCCUUUCCUUUCCUUCGCUUCCCUACUAGGCUACUGCUAUUAUAUCAUAAGAUAAAAUUAGGGUUUACAGAUUUCCACUCUUGUCCGGCUCUUCUAUUCUAUCACUUUUUCCAACCUUAUACGAGAGAGAGAGAGAGAGAGAGAGAGAGAGCGGGAGCAAGCAAGGAAGGAACGAUACGAUGACGGGGAAGGCGAAGCCGAAGAAGCACACGGCGAAGGAAAUCGCGGCGAAGGUAGACGCAGCCACCACGAACAAGGGCGGAGGCAAGGCGGGGCUGGUGGACAGGUCAGGGCUGGACAAGGGAGGCCACGCCAAGCUCGAAUGCCCUCUCUGUAAGGUCACCGCACCAGACAUCAAGUCGAUGCAGAUUCACCACGACGCUAAGCACCCUAAGAUCCCCUUCGAUGAGUCCAAGCUCAACAAUCUCCACGCCGCCGUUCAUGUCGCCGAAUCCUCCUCCAAGCCCCGCCCUGGCAUCCGCGGCAGCCUCAAAAAAUGAAAAAAAAACUCUUCUGCUUUUUUCAUCACUCAAAUAACGCCCCUCUUAAUUAUGUUAUAUGUUGUUAUGUCUUGGUUUAUGGUUAUCGACUCGAAUUUCUAUGCUUCUAUUUCUUGGUUUCUUCCUUCUUGAUCUUAGUUUUGAUCAUACUUAUGGCAGAUAUAUAUAUAUAUAUAUAUUGUCUUCUCUUGUAUUGAUUAAACUGAUUAUUUAAGUUGGAUUCGAGAUUUUGGGUUAAGAAU